CAGGUACCGGAUGUUGUGCUGGUGUUGUGUGUUGCAAAAGACUGGUUCUAAGGAAGCUGUGGAAUCUGACAGGUUACUGCUCAGGCACAUGUGAAGAUGAGUGUCCCAGACUACAUGCAGUGUGCUGAGGACCACCAGACGGUGCUCGUGGUGGUUCAGCCAGUUGGCAUUGUACCCGAGGACCAGUUCUUCAAGAUUUACAAACAGAUCGCCAGCGUGAGCCAGGUGAGCAUCAGGGACUCUCAGCGCCUCCUCUACAUCCGCUACCGCCACCACUACCUGCCUGAAAACAAUGAGUGGGGUGACUUUCAGACGCACCGCAAGGUGGUGGGCCUCAUCGCCAUCACCACUUGUGAGUCGGCCAAGGACUGGCCCCAGACCGCGGAACGCUUCCAUGGCCAGAAGGAGCUGUUCAGCUCUACUCUCUAUGACUCGAGGUUGCUAGUGUUUGGGCUACAGGGGGAGAUUGCAGAGCAGCAGCGCACAGAUGUGGCCUUCUACCCCAGCUUUGAAGCCCACUCUGAUGUGGAGAAGAGAGUGGAGGACUUUGUGGAGUCGAUUUUUAUUGUCCUGGAGUCCAAGCGUCUUGAUCGGGCCACAGACAAAUCAGGUGACAAGAUCCCUCUGCUCUGUGUGCCCUUUGAGAAGAAGGACUUUGUGGGUUUGGACACGGAUAGCAGGCAUUAUAAAAAGCGCUGCCAAGGGCGGAUGAGGAAGCAUGUUGGGGACUUAUGCCUCCAGGCGGGCAUGCUGCAGGAUUCCCUGGUCCACUACCACAUGGCUGUAGAGCUGCUCAGGGGGGUUAAUGACUUCCUCUGGCUGGGUGCUGCGUUGGAGGGUUUGUGUUCAGCAUCUGUCAUAUUCCACUACCCUGGAGGCACAGCAGGGAAGACGGGUGGACGUAAGCCAAGUAUCUCUCAGCCAGCAGAUGCAGGAAAACGCCACAGACCAGGGGCUCAGGAGGUUCUCAUUGACCCAGGUGCCCUCACGGCCAACGGCAUUAGUGCAGACACCAGCACUGAGAUUGGACGAGCAAAGAACUGCCUGAGUCCCGAGGACAUUAUCGAGAAAUACAAAGAGGCCAUCUCCUACUAUGGAAAGUAUAAAAAUGCAGGUGUGAUCGAGCUUGAGGCCUGUGUGAAAGCGGUCCGGGUGCUGGCCAUUCAGAAGAGGGCCAGGGAGGCCUCAGAGUUCCUGCAGAACGCUGUUUAUAUCAACCUGGGACAGCUUUCAGAGGAGGAGAAGAUCCAGCGUUACAGUAUCCUGUCUGAGCUCUACGAACUGAUCGGCUUCCAUCGCAAGUCAGCAUUUUUCAAGCGUGUUGCUGCCAUGCAGUGUGUGGCUCCCACCAUUCCUGACCCUGGCUGGAGGGCCUGCUACAAACUGCUGCUGGAGACAUUGCCUGGAUACAGCCUUUCGCUUGAUCCAAAGGACUUCAUCAAAGGUACCCAUCGAGGCUGGGCUGCUGUACAGAUGCGCCUCCUACAUGAACUGGUGUAUGCAUCCCGCCGAAUGGGCAACCCUGGCCUGUCUGUACGCCACCUGUCCUUCCUGCUGCAGACCAUGUUGGACUUCCUCUCUGAUCAAGAGAAGAAGGAAGUGACCCAGAGUCUGGAGAACUACACGGCCAAGUGUCCAGGUGGAAUGGAAGUCGUCACCCUUCCUGAUGGCCUGAAGCUGCCCCCAGUGCCCUUUACAAAGCUCCCCAUUGUGCGAUCGAUGAAGCUCCUCAAUCUGCCCGUCAGUCUGCGCCCCCACAAAGUGAAAGGCCUGCUGGGACAGAAUGUGUCCUCUGCCAGCCCCUUCAUCUACUCGCCAAUCAUCAUGCACAACAGAGGAGAGGAGCAUUGCAAGAAGAUUGACUUCCAGUGGGUUCAGGGAGAUGUCUGUGAAGUGCAGUUCAUGGUCUACAACCCUAUGCCUUAUGAACUUCGAGUGGAGAACAUGGGUUUGCUGACGUCUGGAGUGGAGUUUGAGUCCCUGCCUGUUGCGCUGUCCCUGCCUGCCGAGUCUGGCCUGUACCCCGUCAGGGACUGCCUCGUCGAGGGCCUGCCUGGUGUUAAGACUAGUGGCUGUUUGGUGGAGGUCAUUCCUGCCCUUCCUCGCCUCCAGUUCAGCACAUCGCUGCCACGGUCAGCCCACACACUUCAGCCAAUAUCCAAAGAAGAACUUUCGAGUACUGUGUCAGUCCAGCUCUUCAAUGGAGAGACCCAGCAGGUGACCAUCACCUUGGAGAACAUUGGAUCUGAGGACAUAGAGACUCUGGAACUCACCUCAAAGACUGUCAGCACCAAAGACAAAGUGUUUGGAGAGUUUCUGAGCUGGGAGCUAGAGGACGCUCUGUCUCAUCUGCCUCUAAAGCCUGGCCAGUCUGUGACACUGGCUGUCAACAUCAAGGUGAAGCUGGACUUCUCUGGUCAGGAGAACCUGCUACAGGACCUCAAUGAUGAUGGGAUCAGUGUGACAGGAUUGCCGAUCUCCAGUCCAUUGCGUCAAGUCCUCAAACCCAGGCCCGAGACCAAGCCUGUCAGCAGUGAGUCCGGCAAGGCGGAGUACAGCCAUAUUAAGGCUUUGGAAGCAGUGCUGAGCUUCAGGUACUCUGGGGGAGUAGGCAAAGUGGAGGGCUACUACAGGGAACUGUCUCUGGGAGUCCAUGUGGAUGUGGAGCCUUCUGUGUUCUUCACCAGAGUCAGCACCCUUCCUGCCACCAGUACCCGCCAGUGUCAUCUUCUGCUCGACAUCUUCAACCCAACAGAGCAUGAGCUUACCGUCAGCGCCAACAACAACCAAGACCUAGUUCUCCACGCUAGCGAGUGUCAAAGGAUGGCCAUCCAGGUCGACAAGUUUGACUUUGAGAGUCUGCCACUGCCGGACCAGGAGUCAGCUCGCUUCACUAACCCCAAACAGCUGGAGGAGGAGCGACAGCAUGCCCAGGGCUGCCAGAUCAACAGCAAGUUGGGCAUCUGUUGGAGCAUCCCCUCCCUGAGGCGCCGUGGCGAGGCCAGCGUGGAGGGAGUCCUCAACCUGCUGGUCCUGGAGCACCUACAGCUUGCUCCCUUGCAGUGGGAUGUGUUGGUGAAUGGGAAGCCAUGUGACUGUGAUGUCAUUGCCGACUGUAAAGUGGGUGAUGCUGUGACCCUGGAGGUAAAACUGACCAACCGGAGCAAGAACUCUGUGGGACCCCUGGCUUUGACCGUAGUGCCCUAUCAGGACUACCAGAAUGGAGUCCAGAACUACGAUCUGGAGGACACCGUGACCUUCAUCGGCUCCAACACCUUCUACAUUGACACGGUUAAACCCAAAGAAAGCUCCAUCUGUGUAGGUGCCCUGCUCUUCCUCUGCACUGGAGAUUUCUACCUUAAUAUCAAGUUUCAGGAUGACAGUGCUGGACGAGAACUUCCCUUAGCUUGGUUCACCCUGCCUAGUGUCCACAUAAGAGCUCUGGAUGCUCUGCUGCAGGUUGGGGCCACAGAGUCAUAGCUCUGAAUGAAGGAUGGAAGGUUUUGUUCUCAGUGUCUGUAAAUACAACAGCAUUAUGAACUGGAAAACUGUCAAAUGUUAACUGGGAACAGUAGGCUGCAAGAGGAUUUCAAUUCUUAUCAUCCAAACAUUUGAAUACUGUCCUACUGUCAAAAAGUGUACAGGUUUGGCCAGAAAAAACGCAAAGUAGAUUUUAGAUAAUGAAGGGCUACAUACAGAGUCAAGAUACACAACUGUCCCUAAGCUUUAUGAGCCUAUUUCAUAAAUGUACAGAGAUGAGGAAAACUAAGAGAGACUGGAGAGAAAUGACAUAGAAAACUGGACUAACUGCUGAGUUUAAUAUCAUUACACGUUUGAACUGAAUACACAGCAACACCAACACACUCCUGCACAGUGGCUCAUGUUGCUAUCUUGAUAAAGUUACAACUACCAUCUGUUCAGUUGGUACAUUUGGAUGCCUGGUGAAAAUAAAGUGACUACACAGACGAUUCAACUAAUUCACUCGAGUAAUGCGAGGCUGGUUCCACUUCAUUUUCCUGUCUGAACACAACUCAAAAGCUCAGUAUCGCCAACACUGUUAACAGGAAAGUUUCACUGAAAACGGUUCAUUUUAUUGGAAUCACCACACUUUAACUUACUUAAGGUGGAAGGUUUCUGCCUAGUGAUUUCACAUUGGGCCUAACUUUGACACACAAACAUGGACCACUGACCAACAGCAAACCAUGGUGGUGAUCUUUGAGUGAUCCUGAGUCCAGAAUGGAACAAGCUGGCUGCAUCCAUUUCUAUAAAACCCACACUGUUGGAGUAUUAACUUCGUCAUAAAGUAGAUACAGCAUGGCUUGCAGUCAGUUCUUGGACAGGAGUGGAUUGCACUGAACAUGUUGACGUACUGUCUGAUUAGCUUGUUAGUGGCAGUUCCCUAAAUGAUAGCUAGCCAGUUAUUUCACUGGCUAGCAGCAAACACAAGACACCACACACUCAGCAACUAUGUCACCAGUCUUUCAUUUCACAAGGAUAUGCAAAUGAAUUUGGCUGUGUGAGUCUCUUGUGUAGGCACUAACAGCACUGACACUUUUCAGUAUAUAAUAGUGAGUCAGUUGAAAGAGAAUUAGAAGAAGACCUCCGAGUCCAUACUGAUGGUUGAGAUGAGCUUUAUAAGAACACUGGAAACUGCUGUAAGGACAAAGGUCUUUGGCCUUUGUGCCACCACACUGAUGAAUUUGAAUUGCAUGUAAUUGUUGUAAAUAAAUGUUAAAAGAA